AUGGGCGCACCAGCAAGCAACGAAAUAGGAAGGACGGGCAAAGAUGAGCUGGAAGACCUUAAAGCUUUUUCUGUUUCGGGCGCAGACAGAGACUCAAACUCCAUUAGGGUGUACAGGAACAAAGAGGGCGAAAGAGUUUUUAAAAUAGUCAAUCUUAUACAGGCUGUUGAAAGCACGCCCGAGCAGAUUGAGGCCCUGGUCUCGGUGCGCAAUAUUUCUUUUGCCUCCUCUCUCGAGAGCACAGGCGAGCACGGAGCAAAGCAGGAUAAGCUCUGCAUCUUCUGCGAUGCAAAGAUAGACUCCAGCGAAUUCAGCCUCUUUUGCAAGAAGUGUUCGAGAACAGAGUCGCAAAAUGCAAUAGACAACAAUCCAUACUAUAGCUUCCUCUAA